AUGCGCAUAGGCAACAAAUCGAAGAAACCUAUGUUUCUACUGCAAGCCACUCUGAUGAUACCGAAUGUAUCAGUGACCCCGACACUGGAAGAAAUUCAAGAAAUUCUUAUAUUAGCCGGAAAACAUAUAUCAGGAUUGUCCAAAGGUGUUGCCCAAUGGACAGGUGGCAAAACUUCUAGGCCCUCAGAUCUUCAAAAAGAUUCUACUCAGAUAAGCUGGAAGAAAUUGGCGGGCCAUCAAUCUAAUCAGUUGCUGGAAGUAGUUACCAAAAUUGACAAACAGGUUCAAUCAAUGACGGUUCCAAUGAAUAUGGCACAGAAAUCGAUAAAAAUGGUUGAAGCUGCUAAAAUGAGACGAAAAAAAUACUACCGCUUAGAAUCGGAAGAAAAACCAGUCUUCCCAUUUCAACAAAAAAACUUCUACAAUCACAUUAUGGAGAACAAAGAAAUUAUGAAAACUCUUGCCCUCCUGUCUAUGUGCACACAGAAUGUCAAAUCGGAAUUGAAUUUACUCGUGAAACGUUGGCGCCCAUACCAUUACUUAUGGAAGUGUGAAAAAACAUUACGCCAGUUACUAGCUUGGAAUUUAAGCGAUUUCGAACUAGCUCUGAAAAGACACAGUGAACUAGAAGCUAAGUUGGACACUGAACCCGAUGUCCUUAUAAUAGGGAAUUGUCUUGCUAUAUCAACUGAAAAACUAAAAUUGGGCCUAAAUACGGAACUAAAAAAUGGUACAUUCAGAAUAAGUCAGGCAAUGCGAAAAAAAUACAAACGGGAAAUGGAUUACGUUUAUGCUAUAAUGAAUGACCUUGAAAGAAAACUUGAAAGACCUAUCCGAGAUCUAGAUGAUGUAAGAACUGUUAUGGAAACACUGAAGAAGAUUAGAGAACAAGAAGUGGACAUGGAAUUAAAGAUUGAUCCUGUUGAAGAAGCUUUUAAUGUCAUCACAUGCUAUGAACUUCCUGUAAAUAAGGAAGAUCUAGAGCAAGUGGAUAAUUUACGAUACAGCUGGCAGCAAUUGCAAGCUACAGCGUUAGCGUCUCACGUACAAUUGUUAACGAUGCAGCCACAAUUUGAGGAUGACCUCAAGAAUAAUUUAAAUAGAUUCAGAGAUGACAAUACUGACUAUUGCCAUGAGUACAGACACGCUGGACCAAUGCAACCUGGUUUAAGCCCAAGAGAAGCGUCAGAUAGAUUAAUACUAUUUCAGAAUCGUUUUGAUGGUAUGUGGCGCAAACUACAAACAUAUCAAAAUGGUGAAGAAUUAUUUGGACUCCCCCACACAGAAUAUCCUGAACUGGCCCAAAUAAGAAAAGAGUUAAACCUACUUCAGAAACUCUAUAAGUUAUACAACGACGUGAUUGACAGAGUGAGUAGCUAUUACGAUAUACCAUGGGGGGAGGUGAACAUAGAAGAAAUAAAUAAUGAGUUAAUGGAGUUUCAAAAUAGAUGCAGAAAACUACCCAAAGGUCUUAAAGAAUGGCCUGCUUUUUACGCUUUGAAAAAAACGAUAGACGACUUUAAUGAUAUGUGCCCUCUGCUGGAACUGAUGGCUAAUAAAGCUAUGAAACCGCGCCAUUGGCAACGUAUCAUGGAAGUUACAAAAUACAUUUUCGAACUAGACAACGAAGACUUUUGUUUGAAAAAUAUAUUGGAAGCUCCAUUAUUACAGCAUAAAGAAGACAUUGAGGACAUUUGUAUAUCGGCGAUGAAAGAGAAAGAUAUUGAAGCAAAACUCCGUCAAGUUACAAACGAGUGGUCCGUUCACGAGUUGACAUUUCAAACUUUCAAUAAUCGCGGGGAGCUAUUAUUAAGAGGCGAUACCACAGCUGAAACAAUUGGUCAAUUGGAAGACAGUUUAAUGAUCUUGGGAUCAUUAUUGUCGAAUCGAUACAAUGCUCCAUUUCGAAAACAAAUACAACAAUGGUUAUACGAUCUUCAAAGCACUAAUGAAAUCCUUGAAAGGUGGCUCCUCGUUCAAAAUAUGUGGGUUUAUCUCGAAGCUGUAUUCGUUGGAGGUGACAUCGCUAAACAGCUGCCAAAAGAAGCAAAAAGAUUUUCAAAGAUCGAUAAAUCAUGGCAAAAAAUUAUGCAAAGAGCUCAUGAAACCCCUGGUGUGGUCUCGUGUUGCGUUGGCGACGACCUCCUACGUCAACUAUUACCACAUCUCCAAGAACAACUCGAACUCUGCCAAAAAAGUUUAAGUGGCUACUUGGAAAGGAAGAGGACUAUGUUUCCAAGAUUUUUCUUCGUUUCAGAUCCAGCUCUUUUAGAAAUUCUCGGUCAAGCUUCUGACUCUCACACAAUACAAAACCAUCUGUUGUCCAUUUUUGAUAACAUCAGAUACGUCAAAUUCCACGACAUAGAAUAUAACAAAAUGGUAGCUAUCAUAUCUUCGGAGGGAGAAGAAAUUAAACUGGAGCGUCCUGUCCGUGCCGAGGGUUCAGUGGAGACAUGGCUUACAUCUCUUUUACAAUCUGCCCAAAGCAGUCUGCAUUCCAUCAUACGAAACGGUGUUUCUUUAAUAAACGAUCCCAGUUUUAAUCUCCUAUUAUUUCUUGAUAAAAUGCCUGCCCAGGUUGGACUUCUGGGCAUUCAAAUUAUUUGGACCCGUGAUUCCGAACUCGCAUUAAUGCAAGCUCGGCAAGAUAAAAAGAUAAUGAUUGAAACAAACAAUAAAUUUUUAGAACUUUUAAAUACAUUGAUCGAUCAAACAACAAGAGAUUUGACGAAAAUAGAACGAACUAAGUUCGAAACACUCAUUACUAUACAUGUUCAUCAAAGAGACAUUUUUGACAUGCUAUGCCGACUUAAUGUCCGUUCAGCUAUCGACUUUGAAUGGUUAAAGCAAUGCCGGUUUUAUUUCAAAGAAGACGCAGACAAGACCUGGAUAUCAGUCACGGACGUUACUUUUACGUACCAAAACGAAUAUUUGGGAUGUACUGAGAGACUUGUUAUUACACCACUAACCGACAGAUGCUACAUAACCUUAGCGCAAGCUCUCGCUAUGAGUAUGGGUGGGGCACCUUGUGGACCAGCGGGAACCGGUAAAACCGAAACUGUGAAAGAUAUGGGAAAGACUCUAGCAAAAUAUGUCGUCGUAUUCAACUGUUCUGAUCAAAUGGACUACAGAGGUCUUGGUCGUAUCUAUAAAGGUUUGGCACAAUCCGGUUCAUGGGGAUGUUUCGACGAAUUCAAUAGAAUCGAGUUACCUGUCUUGUCAGUGGCGGCUCAGCAAGUCGCUGUUGUACUCGCCGCUAAAAAAGAAAAGAAAAAGACUUUUCUUUUUACUGACGGGGAUAUGUCUGAAAUGUGUCCAGAAUUUGGUAUAUUUAUUACAAUGAAUCCUGGCUAUGCUGGCCGCAAAGAGCUGCCAGAAAACUUAAAAAUACAAUUCCGCACAGUUGCUAUGAUGGUACCCGAUCGCCAAAUCAUUAUAAGAGUAAAACUAGCAUCCUGCGGUUUUCUGGAGAAUAUAACUCUAGCCAGAAAAUUUUAUACCUUAUACAAAUUAUGCGAAGAACAACUAACAAAGCAGGUCCACUACGAUUUUGGCUUAAGAAAUAUUCUAUCAGUUUUAAGGACUCUAGGAGCAGUGAAAAGGGUAAAUGCAAAAGAUAAUGAAAGUACCAUUGUAAUGAGAGUUUUAAGAGAUAUGAAUCUAUCAAAACUUAUAGACGAAGAUGAACCCUUGUUUAUUUCACUAGUGGCUGAUUUAUUUCCAAACCAAUCCUUAGAAAAGACAGCUUACAGCAAUCUUGAGGAUUCAAUUAGAAAACAUGUUGAACAGAGUGGUUUAAUUUUCCAUCCACCGUGGAUUCUAAAAAUAAUCCAGCUUUAUGAAACUCAGCGAGUUCGUCAUGGAAUAAUGACUCUUGGUCCGCCCGGUGCUGGCAAGACAACUUGUAUUCAUACAUUAAUGGAUGCCCUUUCAGAAAUUGAAGAGCCCCACAGAGAGAUGCGAAUGAACCCCAAAGCAAUAACAGCAGCACAAAUGUUUGGACGCCUAGAUGUAGCCACUAAUGAUUGGACAGAUGGUAUAUUUUCUGCAUUGUGGAGGAAAACAUUAAAACUAAAGACUGGUGAACACAUUUGGCUAGUCCUAGAUGGGCCUGUUGACAGCAUUUGGAUAGAAAAUCUAAAUUCAGUUUUAGAUGACAAUAAAACCCUCACUCUUGCUAAUGGUGACCGUCUUACCAUGUCGCCAACCUCUAAAAUCAUUUUCGAACCAGAAAAUAUUGAUAAUGCAUCUCCAGCUACAGUUUCACGAAAUGGAAUGGUAUAUAUGAGCUCUUCUGGUUUAGAUUGGGACCCAGUUCUUCACGCAUGGCUUAAAACUAGGUCGACUCGAGAAGUCGAAGUAUUUAGCACCUUGUUUGAACAAACAUUUCUUACAACAUAUACCUGGUGCACCCAAAAUUUGAAUUUCAGUAUGCGGGUAUUACAAAGCAAUAUAGUAUUUCAAAUGCUUAAUUUGUUGGAGGGCCUUGUGCCUCCACAAAUUGUAGAAGUUGAAGAUACCUCUGCUAAUAAAUCAAUAAAUGGUGAUAUUGACGAUGAUGAUGACAAGGAAAAGGCAGAAGAAAUAGUGUUAUUCACACACGAACAUUUACAUAAAAUUUAUGUAUUUUCAUUAGUUUGGGGAUUCAGUUCGUUGUUGGAAACUCAAGACAGAUUAAGAUUCGAUAAAUAUAUUAAAUCAACAUUUAGUGAAUUACUAGAACUGCCAACGCACCCUAAUAACAAACCAAGCAUUUUAUUUGACUUUUAUGUUAAACACCCAGGAAAGUGGGAGCUAUGGGAUGAUUUAAUGACAAAUUAUAUGUACCCUGAUACAGCUACACCGGAUUACUCCAAUAUUCUUGUACCAAUAGUUGAUAAUGUAAGAAUUAAUUAUUUGAUUCAUUGCAUAGCUAAACAAGGAAAAGCUGUGUUACUAUUAGGUGAACAAGGAUCUGCAAAAACAGUUAUGAUGAAAGCUUAUAUGAAGAAUGCUAAUCCCGAGCAAUUUAUGGGUCGAUCAUUUAACUUUUCGUCUGCUACUAGUCCUUAUCAAUUCCAAAAAACUAUAGAAAGCUAUGUUGAAAAACGUAGUGGUAUGACUUUUGGUCCACCCGGUGGAAAAAAGAUGCUUGUAUUUAUUGAUGAUAUAAAUUUACCACAAAUAAACGAAUGGGGCGAUCAAAUAACAAAUGAGAUCGUAAGACAAACUAUGAGUAUGGGUGGUUUUUAUAGUUUAGAAAAACCGGGAGAUUUUACGACUAUUGUUGAUAUACAGUUUCUGGGAGCAAUGGGUCAACCAGGUGGAGGCAGAAAUGAUAUUCCAGCUCGACUAAAGCGGCAGUUUUCCAUAUUUAAUUGUCCAUUACCUAACAACGAUUCUAUAGACAAAAUAUUUAAAGUUAUCGGUGAAGGACACUACAAUGCCAAGAGGGGUUUUACUGUUGAAGUGCGAUCUCUAAUUAAAAAAAUAAUUCCCCUAACAAGAGAACUUUGGACACAAACUCGAGUUAAUUUAUUGCCUACUCCAGCAAAAUUUCAUUAUGUAUUUUCUUUAAGAGAUUUAUCAAGAGUAUGGCAAGGGAUGAUAGGUACUUUACCGACCGUAAUCGAAUCGGAGAAAUGUCUUAUGCUUUUGUGGAAACAUGAAUGUUCAAGAGUUUUUUCUGAUCGUUUUACACAUCAGUCAGAUAAAGAUUGGUUUAACAAGGCUCUCUUUGAUAGUGCUGAAGUACUUUUAGGACCCGAAUAUAAGAAAAUGAUGGAAAAGGAUCCGGUUUUCGUUGAUUUUAUGAGAGAUGCACCAGAACCAACAGGUGAAGAAGGUGAAGAUGCGGAUAUGGAACUACCAAAAGUAUAUGAACCUGUUUUUGACUACUCUGAAUUACGAGAUAGAUUAGAAAUGUUCCUAUCGCAAUUUAACGAAAUGGUUCGUGGUUCCGGCAUGGACUUAGUAUUUUUCCCUGAUGCUAUGUUGCACCUAGUAAAAAUAUCCAGAGUUAUUCGUCACCCAAGAGGAAAUGUUAUGUUAGUAGGCGUAGGAGGGUCUGGCAAACAAUCGCUAACAAAACUGUCAACAUUUAUCGCUGGAUAUCGCUCCUUUCAAAUAGCUUUAACCAGAUCUUAUAACGUCGGAAACUUUUUAGAAGACCUAAAGUUACUUUAUAGAUCAUGUGGUGUACAAGGAAAGGGCACUACAUUCAUAUUUACUGAUUUGGAUAUUAAAGAAGAAGGGUUUUUAGAAUAUCUAAAUAACAUUUUGUCAUCUGGCGUCAUAUCAAAUUUAUUUACAAAAGAUGAGCAACAGGAAAUAAUUUCUGAAUUGACACCUAUAAUGAAACGAGAAAAUCAAAAAAGAACAUUGACAAAUGAACUAGUUAUGGAAUAUUUUCUAAACAGAACAUGUCAAAACCUUCAUGUGGUUUUAUGUUUUUCUCCAGUAAGUGAAGCUUUCAGAUAUCGAGCAUUAAGAUUUCCGGCUCUAAUAUCAGGGUGUACGAUUGAUUGGUUCCAACCGUGGCCUAAGGAUGCACUUGUUUCUGUUGCUGACCAUUUCCUCACAGAUUUUGAAAUAGAAUGCACAAAAGAAGUUAAAAAAGAAUUAGUCACAGUGUUAGGAACUAUACAAGAUGUGGUUUCUCAAGUUUCAACUGAAUAUUUUCAAAGGUUCCGUCGUUCAUCUCAUGUAACUCCUAAAUCUUAUCUUAGUUUUAUAGGUGGCUAUAAAACCAUAUACCAAAUGAAACAAAAAGAGUUAGGUGAUGGUGCGUUAAGAAUGGAUACAGGUCUGGAAAAGUUACGUGAGGCAUCGAUAUCUGUGGAAGUAUUAAAGAAGGAUUUGGCAGUGAUGGAGCAAGAUUUAGCUUUGGCUUCUGAAAAAGCAGAUCGUGUACUUUCUGAAGUUACUGAGAGAGCGAUGCAAGCCGAAAUUGUAAAAAAUCAAGUACAAAUUGUUAAAGAAAAAGCUGAAGCUUUGGUAGCAUAUAUAGCCGAAGAAAAAGAAAAAGCCGAAAGGAAGUUAGAAGCAGCGAAACCUGCAUUAGAAGAAGCUGAAGCGGCCUUAAACACUAUUAAACCAGCCCAUAUAGCAACUGUGAGAAAGUUAGGCAGACCACCACAUUUAAUUAUGCGUAUUAUGGAUUGCGUACUGAUUCUUUUCCAACGCAGAUUGCAUCCUAUUAUACCUGAUACAGCUGCUCCAUGCCCUAAGCCGUCUUGGGCUGAAUCUCUAAAAAUGAUGGCAAGCACUACCUUUUUACUUCAACUACAAAAUUACCCAAAAGAUAUAAUUAAUAACGAAAUGGUCGAACAUCUACAACCCUAUUUCGAAAUGGAAGAUUAUAAUAUGGACACAGCUAAACGAGUAUGCGGAGAUGUAGCAGGAUUACUGUCAUGGACUAAGGCUAUGGCCUUUUUUCAUAGCGUAAAUAAAGAAGUUUUACCUCUGAAAGCCAGCUUAAUGUUACAAGAAGCAAGAUUAAAGGUUGCUAUGGAGGACUUAGCAUCUGCAGAAAGGCAACUCGAAGAACGUGAAAUGUCCUUAAGAAAAGUUAAGGAACAAUACGAAGCAGCAGUUUCUGAAAAACAGCAAUUAACAGAUGCUGCAAAUGUUUGUUUAAGAAAAAUGACAGCAGCAACUCAAUUGAUUAAUGGUUUGGGAGGAGAAAAAAUAAGAUGGACUCAACAAAGUAAGGAUUUCAAAGAACAACUUGGUAGAUUAGUAGGAGAUGUUGUAUUAGCCACAGGAUUUCUCUCUUACUGCGGGCCCUAUAAUCAAGAAUUCAGAAAUAGUCUGUUCAAUACAUGGAUGGAAAUAUUAAAAAAGAAGCAGAUACCUGUGACUGACAAUUUAAAUAUAACAAAUAUGUUAGUUGAAAGUGCUACAAUAUCAGAGUGGACUCUUCAAGGUUUACCGAACGAUGAAUUAUCAGUUCAAAAUGCACUAAUUGUUACUAAAUCUAGCUCAUAUCCGCUUUUAGUAGAUCCUCAAAGCCAAGGAAAGAAUUGGAUAAAAAAUAAAGAAUCCACAAAUGAACUACAAAUAACAUCACUAAACCAUAAAUAUUUUAGAACUCAUUUAGAAGAUAGCCUUUCUUUAGGAAGACCACUGCUCAUAGAAGAUGUAGGCAUAGAAUUAGAUCCUGUUAUAGACAAUGUUUUGGAAAAGAACUUUAUAAAAUCAGGAUCAAUUGAAAAAGUAAUAGUAGGUGAUAAGGAAUGUGACGUAAUGCCUGGAUUUAUGCUUUACAUUACAACUAAACUACCUAACCCUGCUUAUUCUCCUGAAAUUAGUGCAAAAACCUCAAUUAUUGACUUCACAGUAACAAUGCAAGGACUUGAAGACCAACUAUUGGGUAGAGUGAUAUUAAUGGAAAAGUCAGAUUUAGAAGAAGAACGAGUGGCUUUAUUUGAAUCUGUUAUGAAGAAUCAGAGAAGCAUGAAAGAAUUGGAAAGCAAUUUACUUUGUCGUUUAACCUCUUCAGAGGGUUCACUAGUAGACGACGAAGCUUUAAUUCAAGUUCUACAAAUAACCAAAUCAACGGCCGAAGAAGUUAAUGAAAAACUUAAGGUAGCAGAAGUAACAGAAAAGAAAAUAAUUAAAGCGAGGGAAGAAUUUAGAGCUGUAGCAGCCAGAGGCUCUAUAUUAUAUUUUUUAAUAGUUGAAAUGAGUAACGUCAACCUUAUGUAUCAGAAUUCAUUAAAACAGUUUCUUAAUAUCUUUGACAAUUCUAUAACAAAAUCUGGAAAAAGUAAUGUUACAGAGGAACGUAUUAACAUAAUAUUAAAAUAUUUAACACACGAAGUGUGGGCCUUUACUCUGCGCAGCUUAUAUGAAAGACAUAAAUCGCUUUUUACUCUUAUGUUGGCAAUGAAAAUUGAUUGUCAAAGGGAACUUAUUUCUCAUGACGAAUUCAUGGCAUUUGUAAAGGGUGGUGCAUCUUUGGAUCUAAAUGCAGUAGCUCCAAAACCUUUCAAAUGGAUUCUAGAUAUAACUUGGCUGAAUUUAGUGGAAAUUAGUAAAUUAGAAGUAUUUUCAGAUGUAUUAAGCAAGAUAUCUAGUAAUGAAAAAGAAUGGCGCAUAUGGUAUGAAAAAGCAAAGCCUGAAGAAGAAAUAAUACCUAGCGGCUUUCAUGAAAGUCUUGAUGUAUUUAGAAAACUUUUACUUAUUCGAUCAUGGAGUCCGGACCGAACACUCUCACAAGCAAGAAAGUAUAUAGUUGACUCUCUUGGACCGGAAUAUGGCGAAGGUCGAAUUCUAAAUUUGGAAAAAACCUGGGAAGAGUCUGAACCACGUACUCCGCUCAUAUGUAUACUUUCAAUAGGAUCUGAUCCAUCUACACAAAUAUCCUCACUAGCUAAAUCUAAAGAUAUUGUAAUUAAAGCUGUAUCAAUGGGGCAAGGUCAGGAAAUUGUAGCAAGAAAGAUGAUAUCAGAUUCUAUGAAUGAAGGAGGGUGGGUAUUACUACAAAACAUACAUUUGUCUUUACCGUUUUGUGUUGAAGCUAUGGAUGCUCUCAUAGAAACUGAACAUAUACAAGAUUCUUUUCGCCUCUGGCUAACUACAGAAGUGCAUGCUGACUUUCCUAUAGGACUUUUACAAAUGGCUAUAAAAUUUACCAAUGAACCACCACAAGGAAUACGCGCCAGCAUGAAAAGAACAUAUCAAAACAUCAGCCAAGAUACUUUAGAUUAUUCAUCAUUAUCACAGUGGCCUCCACUAUUAUAUGCAGUGGCAUUCUUACACACUAUUGUGCAAGAGCGAAGAAAGUUUGGGCCACUGGGAUGGAAUAUUCCAUACGAAUUUAAUCAAGCAGAUUAUGCGGCCAGUGUACAAUUCAUACAGAAUCAUCUCGAUGAAAUAGACCCCAAGAAGGGAAUUUCCUGGCCAACAAUCUGUUAUAUGCUUGGGGAGGUGCAGUACGGUGGGCGAGUCACGGAUGACUUUGAUAAACGAUUGUUGACCACCUUUACAAACGUUUGGUUUUGUGAUGUCCUUUUGCGGCCUGGUUUUGAAUUCUACAAGGGUUACAAAGUACCACAAACAAGAAAUCUGCAAGGUUACGUAGAUUAUAUUAACCAGUUACCCCUAACAGACACCCCAGAAGUUUUUGGUUUGCACGGUAACGCAGACAUCACGUAUCAAAUUAACAGUGCGAAAGAUAUUUUGGACACUAUAUUAAGCGUCCAACCAAAAGAAGGGGGUUCUCAAGGCGGUGAAACCAGAGAAAGUAUAGUUUAUCGUUUGGCUGAGGAUAUGUUGGAGAAAUUACCUAAACAAUAUAUUGGAUUUGAAGUUAAAGAAGCGCUGGCUAAAAUGGGAGCAUUUUUACCUAUGAAUAUAUUUGUAAGGCAAGAAAUUGAUCGCAUUCAAAAAGUUAUAAAAACAGUUCACACAACGCUUUGUGAUCUAAAGCUUGCCAUAGAUGGAACAAUUGUCAUGAGUCAAGGCUUGCGAGAAUCUUUGGAUGCAAUGUAUGAUGCUCGCAUACCUGCGCAAUGGUUAAAGGUAUCAUGGGAGUCGGCGACACUUGGAUUUUGGUAUACGGAACUAUUGGAACGAGAACAACAAUAUCGCAUCUGGCUUAAAAAUGGAAGACCCAACGCCUUUUGGAUGACCGGUUUCUUUAACCCACAAGGAUUUCUCACUGCAAUGAGACAGGAGGUAACCCGAAGUCAUAAAGGUUGGGCUUUAGAUUCUGUUGUUCUUCAAAAUCACAUAACAAAAUUAAAUAGAGAAGACGUUCAUGAAGGACCAGCAGAAGGUGUUUACGUCUACGGAUUGUUUCUAGAAGGAGCGUCUCUCGAUAGAAAAUCCGGUAAAUUAAUUGAAUCUAAACCAAAAGUUCUAUACGAGCAGAUGCCUGUAAUCUACAUUUUUGCCAUCAAUACGACAGCUGGGAAGGAUCCAAGACUUUAUGAAUGCCCAAUUUACAGAAAACCUCAAAGGACAGAUGCUAAAUAUGUCGGGUCGAUCGACUUCGAAACUGAUAGUAAUCCACGACAUUGGACGUUAAGGGGCGUAGCAUUGCUGUGUGAUAUAAAAUAA